AGUGAGACUGGUCUCACCAAAAGCAAAGCACCACCACGGUUUCCCAUAACUAGAAAUUACAUCUUCCCACUCUACUCAUGCCUGGUCAAUCCGCUCUCAUUCUCGGCGCAACUGGUGCGGUUGGACAAUAUCUUCUCAAAGAGAUCUUAUCUUCUUCACACUUCACUCGUGUUGGCGAGUUUGGCCGCAGAGUAACCCCAGCUGAUCAAUUGGAGUCCGUUCCCGGAAAGCAAAAGCUAGAGCAGAAGACGCUUGAUUUCGAAAAGCUGAAUCAAGCAGGCUUGAAGGACGGCAAAUGGGACGUUAUUUUUGUGACUCUUGGCACGACGAGAGCUAUUGCAGGAAGUGCCGCUAAUUUUGAAAAAAUUGAUAGAGAAUAUGUUGUCAAUGCGGUGAAAGAAGCCAAAUCGAAUGACCCAAACCAUUCUCAGCGCAUAGUGUAUCUCUCAUCAACAGGCGCCAACUCGUCCUCGCCAUUUUUGUAUCCCAAGAGUAAGGGUUUGACAGAACUAGCGUUAGCGGGGCUCGGAUACAAAGACACCAUUGUAUUUCGACCUGCCUUACUGAGAGGCCGGCCAGGGGAACGCUUCGGGGAAACGCUUAUUGGCUAUGUGACAGGUGCUCUAUCGCACGUUUCGUCUAACGUGGAGAUUCAGGUGCCCCUACUUGCGAAAAGCAUACGCAAUGCCGGCAUAUUGGGCUCUGCUGCGCUACCUGUUGCGGCUGAAGCGCAAAAGGCGGGUAGAGACGGCGCAUCCUUUACUCUCCUGAACAAUAAAGGCACGAUGGCACUGGGGAAUGUGGAGGUAAACGAGUAAAAAAGCCGCAUGGGCUCAAGUUUCCUUCUUUGCCGCAUACACCCCCUAUGGACAACUACCUUAUCAGAAUUAGACCUGUGGCCUCAUGGAACAAUGCUAUUCCCGAUUUCUUUUUC